GGUGGUGGUGUCUCGGUGGAACGUAGCGGCGAGAGAGGCUUCGCAUUCCGGAGUGAAGCGCGCGGCAAUUUGCGUCACGGUGGCUGCCUGCAUCCCGAACAGAGAAACACGUGGCUAGGUGGGUCGUGCGUGCGAGAGCCGGUUCGAAAUUCCCGCGCGUUGCCGCGAGAUCGCCGCCUCUGACAGCCGCGUUGCCGGUGUUUUCGUAUUUCGCGGGAACGAUUUACGGCACACGAGCCAACCGGACAGAGAAAACGAUGAUGGAUUAAAAGACGCGAUACACCUCCCCUCCCCCUCGUUCUUCGUCCCUUUCUCUCUUCUCGCUGCUCCCAAUAUUAUUUCUUUCUCUCCUUUUCUGUCUCUUUAUUUCUUUCUUUCCGCGACGACGUCGACCCGCGCGCGUAGUGUGCCACUGCUUGGGCGUUGUAUCGCCGAGCAGAGCUCCAGACUUCUCCCCUCGUGUCUCGCUGCCUGAAGGCCUAUCCUCUCGCGGCACAACCCUCUUCUCUCCUCUCGUCUUCGCACAGAUCGAACGCGAGCGCGUGUGUGUGGCGCGGCGCGACCGAGUGAGACACCAGGAGAAAAAGAGAAAAGAGUGGUUGCUUUUUAGGCAACGCGCGCUAUACCGCUAUUGUCGCUGCCGCGCGCGACCGCAACUAUCAUCAUCGUAGUCGUCGCCGUUGUCAUCGUUGCCGACUUUCACGGCCGAUUCUCUCCGCUCACCGGUUUUGAGAUAACACGCAGCGGACCUCGCGAUCGUACCCAAGGGACACGUGUGUCGCUACGCUUCGAGGCUGCUUUUUCGACGCGGCAGCCUGCGAGGAAGCGCGGAGCGGAGCGCGUGAAAAAGCGGCGCAGCCUGCGCUCGAAGGAUGCGCUUCUGAAUCGCGAGCAAAGAGGGGCAGGAGGAACGGAACGCACGUGAGCGACGUGUCUAACACGACAAGUGCCGCAAGGUGAAUAGAUAUAACGAUGGUAGAUACGCAACACUUUUGUCUGCGAUGGAACAAUUACCAAAGCAGUAUAACGUCGGCGUUUGAAAACUUAAGGGACGAUGAAGAUUUUGUGGACGUCACAUUGGCCUGCGAUGGCAAAAGCCUCAAAGCGCACCGCGUCGUACUUUCCGCAUGCAGUCCCUAUUUUAGAGAAUUGCUCAAGAGCACACCGUGUAAACACCCGGUGAUAGUACUUCAAGACGUAGCGUUCAGCGACUUGCACGCUUUGGUGGAGUUCAUCUAUCACGGGGAAGUGAACGUGCAUCAGCGUUCCCUUAGCAGUUUUUUGAAGACUGCCGAAGUCCUCAGGGUAUCGGGACUUACGCAACAGGCCGACCAAACAGACAGGGACGAGCUAUCCCAUGUACGCGCGUUGGCUGCCGGUGGUAACCACCUUCCCUUUCACGAAAAAUCAGAAGAGAGUUUCCCCCGGGGUGGUUCCCCGCCCACACCAGUAACCCCGACACCGACGACCGUGCAGCAAUUGCUACGUCGAGCGCAGAUACGCAGGAACGAGAGACGAACACCGGAUCCGCACGAUGAGUCGGCGAAGAAGCCGAGGGUGCCGUCGCCGCCUCUCAACAACAACGACGCUACUCCCACGGAUUUCUCGAUGGUGAAGAACAACCAUCUGUCGAGCAAGGUCGAGGGUAACGGCGUGCACGAGGAGAACAGCCCCCUGGAAGACAACAUCAAGUGCGAGCCGUUGGAGCUGACAGGUGGUAACAGCGGUAACGGAGGCAACAACGAAGACUCGUCGGAUUCUGGAGCUGCGGCGUCGGACCGGCCACCCGCGUCGGCCAGCAGUAACGAGCACGAGGCCGAAUCCGAACACACGUCCACCCCGAAUUUUUUGUCCGAAACGAAAAUCUUCCCCACGCCUGGAAGCUUUAAUUUCAGUAUGGCGGCGCUAGCCACGGAGCAUACACCAUUGUCAGUGAAAUUUCCAGGAUUGGGCCACGGGUUGCAACCACCGGACUUGGCAGGAACUUCGCAAGGUACGGGCAACGGGAUGCAUCCAGCACCGUCGACGCCUCCCUCUGCCAUGUACCGGAUGCCACCGCCAACGGCGGGUGGCAUAAACGAGCCUCAGGAAUGCCCGUACUGCCGUCGCAACUUCUCAUGCUACUACUCCCUGAAGCGUCAUUUCCAGGAUAAGCACGAGCAAUCGGACACCCUCUACGUUUGCGAGUUCUGCAACCGUAGGUAUCGCACGAAGAACUCACUCACGACGCACAAGAGCCUGCAGCAUCGUGGUUCCAGCGGUAUGCUCAAGAGGCUGCUCAGGAACUCGACGAUUAAGAACGUUCUAGGCAGCAUGCAACAGGCUCAGAUGCAGCAGCAGCCGCAAUGAAAAUGUCGGAACCGUCUUACAGUCUCCCCGUCCCGGACUCUCUGCAUCGUCAUACUCAUCAUUAUCGUCAAGGUUCUCGUCUUCAUGCGAUUUUUCGUCGCUCAUCGUCACCCAUGCGCGAUCGGUCACCGAUCUUUGCGGACCAAGACACGCUGCGACGCAUCUGGAUGCAUCAGGGAGCAACGAAACGCGCGUUUCCUGCUUACCGAGCUGAUACACGUUCGAAAACAGAGGUCGAGUAAAUCGAAGAACGAGUUCGAAGGUACGAAGCGCGUGGAUCGUGGACGAAAGAAAAGGCUCACCUCGAAUACCACUAAUUGGACGAUCGUCGAAAGGAUCGGCUUCUCUUUGCCGGUUUCCCCCCAUGCUCUUCCAUCGGGGAGUUGCGCGAUCGGCGCCCUCCUCCACGUUCCGUAUUUCGUCGUUUUGUAGUUCUCCUCGAGUCAAGACUGCGAUUAAUCCAAAGAAGAAAGAAGAGAAUCGACUGAGACGUAGUUUCGAGAAAAUUUUCGGCUGGUUGAAGGUUGUCGUUGCGCGCGAGCUGAGAAUACAUUCCAUUGCGUCGGAUUCUAGCCACGCCGAGGCUUGGACCGAUUUUAACGAGAUCUCGAAUGCGACUAACGCUUUGAAACGUUCUAUCAAGGGACUGGCCGUCAAGGGUCGUGACACCGGACAACGUUCCCACAGGCAAAUAUCAAUUCUGGAAAAAACGAGAACGUAGAAGUCGGUUCGGCGACGAGCAAGUAGAACAGACCGGAAUAGUCAGACGUAGAGUGGAAUGGUAGACAUCUGUUUUUGAAGCGCGGUAUUGCCUGUUCGGUGCGUUCGUUUGGUCGAGUCCCUAACAGUCCCACGAAUCAUGUCAAUUUUCAAAUAUCAGCUUGUCAGCGGUUACCGUGCUAGACAAGAUCUGUUCGGUCGUUUUGAAGGUGGGAGGGUUUCGAAAAGGCGAUCUCGAAUCGCGCGGCAGGGAAGCACGGAGAAUGCAAGAGCAGCGAAGAACGGAGAUGGUGAUUGAGCGAAGAAUAUGGUGAAGAAAUGCGUGAAUAGAGAGUGCGUGGAUUAUGCUUGUACGUCUCUGUCGCUAGUUUAGGCUCGCGCAUAUAAACGAGCAAGAGUUUCGUUGUUGGCGUGAAGGUUUACGAGUGUUUGGGAAUCGUAGAUCGAGGAUCUUAGGCCUAAGUGAAAAUCAAUUAAAAAGUCUACAAAUAUGUGCUCAAAUUUCGGAAAUCGGGAAAGAGAAGUAAACGCCGCGAAUUGAAAGAAAAGCGACAAGAAACGGUCAGUUUGUGGUCGUGGGUGGGGAUGGAAAGAGUUUGGGGUUGCCAGGAAAAGGGCGGAAGGAAUAUAGCGAAUUAACGAAGUAAGCCGAGCGGAGCAGAAUAAAAAGGAUUGGAUAAAGAGAGGAAAGUUUCGCGUGGAGACGAAGGAAUAGAUGAGGGCGAGAGGAAGGGAGGGAGGGUGGAACGAAGGGAGGGAUGGAGGAGAGUCGUUAGAAAAGUGCAAGUAGAAGUUAGAUAUGGGCUCUUAAACGUGUACAGGUCCGUCGUGCGCGCAAAUUACAGACUAUAUUUUUAACUCUUUAAAAGUAAUAUUUUGAACUGUACAUAUAUUAUAUUCGUACGAUAUUGAUAACGAUGAUAUUCUCUUGUUCAGGUUUUAUAAGAAUGGGGAACGAAUGGGAAGAAAUGAAAAACGGAGUUAGUUCGACGUAGAUAGAACCACACGGCGGGCAGGGCAGUGCAGGCUCUCGCGUCUUCUCCAAUUUCGUUUCGUUCGCGUUUCACGCGUUCUAAUUAGCGAAUGUGCAAUAUUACGAGUAAGGGGGUAAAUUUUAUGGGAUACGGUUCUGGCUCGUCUUGGAAAACGACGCAACGUGCAUUCCGGCGCUCUCCAUUCAAGGCGACCAACUUCUUUCCGUCUCGAUCUUUUUCGUUUUUUCUCUUCGUUUGGUCGUGCCGUUCGAACGAGAAAGGAAUCUAGAAAAAGACAGAGGGGAUCUAAUUAGGCCAAAGAAAAGACACACGGGGUGGGAUGGGGGUGGAAACGAUGAAAAGCAGUGUGGCGUACGAGAAACGAUUUGUGCGAGAUUGUCGAACACUGCCCUGUUCUUUUAAAUCUUCGACACGCAUCCAUGCUAUGUUAAAAAAUAAAAUAACAAACGAACGUACAAGCAAAAAAAAUGAAACCCUAAAAAAAGUUGUUCGUGCAAAGUAUUCAGGUUUUAGAACUCAGUGUAAAAAGAAGAAGGAAAAAAAAAGAGAAAACAUGACGUUUUAUCAUGUAAGAUGGUUACAAAGGGAGAAACAAAAAACAAACAAAAGAAAUGCCAUUAUAACUAACGAGCAAGUACAAAUUAUCGAAGGAAAAUGAUAAAACAAAUUACGUCUACGUCUAAUUCUUAGGUUCCGUAGUAAUGGGGGAAUAAUGAAAAGAGGGAAAUAUUUAGCGAGACGCGAGGAAUAGAGUAAAUUGCACGCGUCUUUUCGGGUUUUAGUGACGGUAGCGCGCAAGGAAAAAAGAAGAAGCAAAAAAGAAACGAACGAAUAGAAAAGAGAAAGGUGGAAAUUAAAGGACGAGAGAACAAGUUUUCCAAACAUAUCUUCGAAACGAGAAGUAUACCGUGAAUGAGAAAUACGAUUUUAGAUUUAGGUGUCUUCCGAAGAUGGAAGUUUUUAAAAUAAUUACGUAUACAUUUGUAGAGUUUAAAAAGGGGAGAGGUUUUUCGGCGGCCGGGCAAAGCAUAAUGUGGAGAGAGAGAGAGAGAGAGAGAGAAAGAAAGAAAGAGAGUGAGAGAGAGAGAGAGAGAGAGUGAAAGAAAAAUAAAGAAGAAGAUGAAACGUUCCUUUCGCGCAAAAGGAGGCGGGAUUUACAAUGGACGUCUUUGCUUUCCUAAAAUUUCGUUUCGACUCGGGAAAAGCUUAAAGAUAAUUCGUUAGUGAAAAUUAUCCUAGUCAUUUUGGAAACUUUUUAUAAUUCUGUGAUAUAUCGAACGCGAAGUAUCAAGAUGUAUUUGGCGCUACAAAAUAAAAAGGGGAACAAAGAAUUGGGAGGGUUAAAAAAAAAAGAGAAAAAAAAACACGGGGAGGGAGGAAAAAACUAUUACGUUCCACAUUAUGAUUGCCGGCGUGUGUGCAAAUUGCAUAUAUAUUACAUAAUUGGUUAAUUGAUAUUGGGAAAUUCUGUGAUGUCCUUCAGUUGGGUAUACUAGAUCGAGAAAUAUUAGAGAUAUAUGAAGAAAACAAAAAGUAUACGGAAUUAGGUCGAUGUUCGGUGUUGUGUAAGUUAAUAUUUGUAAAGGAAAAAAGGAGAAAAGCCGAGACUUUUAAUACCGAGAAGAUUAAAAUCAGAUGCUGCCGGGACUCUCGCGAUUGUUCAAACGACCGCUGAUCCGCUUGGAAAUAAAAAAAAAAAAAAAAAAAAAAAAAAGAAAAAAAAAGGGAAUUCGUCUGAGGGAAACGGGGGAAGAACUGAUAGCGCAUCGUUGGAAAAUUUUCUGGGAAAACCCGUCUGUAGAAAAAAGUGUCGGGCUUAUUGGCUCGGAAUUAAGAAUCGGUACGAUACCAAAGUGGAUUUGACUGUUAGUGCGAUUAUUUUAAUUGUUUCUUUUUGUUUUCUGUUUUUAAGCGAGACCAAAGGCUUUUAAUCGGGUUUCCUGACGAUGCCGCGCGAAAUAUACCGCGUUCCCUGUGAUCAGCUGUCGUCGAGAAAUCGAGGGAAACGCAGUGUCUGGGUAUUUAACAUAUCUCUUCAGGGUACUCGACCCACUGUACGCUGACACGGUGUUGAAUCGAAAAUCUUAAAAAUAGAAAAAAAAAUUACAAAAAAAAGAAGGAGAAGAAGAAGAAGAAGUAAUAAGUAUAUCAUACACACACACAAAAUCUAUUCCAAUGUGCCAACGUCUUCGAACUAAAGAAAAAAAGAAAAAAAAAAAUACAAGGAACUUUAGGUCUUCUACUAUUUACACGAGAAUCGAGAAAAGGAUAGUAGUUAGCCGCGCGUCGCAUCUUCUUAUCGAGAAACGAAUAUUACCAACAUUAUUACUACCACUAAUCGUUUUUAGGAUUUAAAGCGAAUAUUAUACAAGAUACUAUCGAAAAACUUUUUCAAACUUUAAUGCAUGGAUUUUCGUCUCGUAUGCUAUUUAAGGGAAGAAACGUAAGGAGUUCUAAAUGGAGAAAAAGAAAAGAGCGGAAGAGUGGGAGAAGAAGACGGUGAAACAGAAAAUGAGAGAAUGGGUGUGAAAGAAGGAACGAAAGGGUGGGAGAGAAAGAGCGGGUGUGAGAGGUAAGAAAGAAAAUAUUUUAAACUAUCUAUUUUUAUUUGCAUUCUAAUAUCUCGUGCGUGUAAAUAUUAUAUAUCGAUAAGCAACGUGUACCUCUGAUGUGAAUUGCAGAGGAAAAGGAUAUUGUAAAUGGUACCGGCAUAGGCAUUAUAUCAUAUUGGCAAUGGACUGCGAUCGUAUGAACUGAACGUUGGAAAGGCUUUGCGUCCCUGCGCGGACGAUAUGUGGUUAUUGUUGUCUCAAGAGAAAAAACGCUGUUUGUAUCAUGCACUUCCUUUUUUUCUUGUCGACCGUGAAUCGCAAUCGACGAAACAAACACAACCGACUUGUCUUCUGCAGAAUUUUUAUACUGUGUGAACCCUGACUACCGAAUAACCGGAUUUAUUGUGAAGGAAAACUCGUGGAAUUUGCACGUGGCGAGUACAAAUCAUUGUAGUUACGAAUCGUUUUACGAUUCGUGGCCACGCCAAGUUCGACGAAUUUUUCGCAACAACCAUACGUAGAUUCUAGCUUCCGUUUGAACCGUUAGAUCCGUUGAACUUCAUACGCAAACGUUAGUAGAGGUUUUUUAUGUUAGUUGUCACUCUUUUUCUUUUUCGUUUAAUCAACGAGUUGUAUCGCAUCUGAGCCAGCAGCUCAAGUGCUCAAGUUAAUUUCCUGGCGCUGUGACGAAAUACUUUGAUACGAGAAUUUACUUUCGAGAAGGCUGAUUUUUAUAAUUUUUAAACGCGGACGUUUUAAAUUAAGGAGUGAAAUUUAUUUUUACUAAUUUCCAGACUUUUUUUUUGUAAUCCCUACCGUUUAGGGAGAAAUCGACUGAUUAGGCUGUUUUUUUUUUUUCGAUUGGUUUAAACUUUUUCUUGAUCAUGUGAUAUUGUCUUACCAAAGAGCAUCGGGAAAUUGUGAAAACUUCUCGGACUUUCGAUCGAUAGCCACCUCGAGGAUGUACAAUCCGAAGAUACGAUGAAACUUUAUCGAUUUCCGAUCGAUGUUUUUCCUGUCUUUUCGGACAGUCGCAAGAUCGUUCUGUAAAGUAUUUAUACAUUGGCGAGCUUGCGAAAUUCUCCUCUUAAAAAAAGGAAACGAUAGUUUCGAGGGUCUGUGAUAUCGCGUAAGUUCGAGAAAGCGUCGCGACUUAUUAUUAUUCUUGGUACGAAAAUUCUUCGGUUUCGGUUGAAAAAGAAACGAAAUUUUUGUAUGAUUUUCAAAAGGGGGAUCAAAAACAAAAAAAGUGGAACUACGAAGGGAAAAGAAACGAAAAGUAUAAAGAAACGCAUCUUCGAAUCGAAAAUUUAAAUAAAUUGCUUAGGGAUGUAUGAUUAUGAUGAAUUGAUAGAAAAAAAAAAAGAAGAAAUGAGCGAAAAAAAUAACGUCGAGCAUAGGAGAAAGACUACUUAGAUUUAUUUUUACUAUGUCUUCAAAAAGACUUUAAAUAUAAUAUUUAUAUUGUGCCAUAAUUAAUAUUAACAAAACCUUAAGUAUAAAUUAAUUGUUACGAAAGUUUUUAAAUUUAUCGGAAGGGGAAAAUUGCAAAAACAUAAAAAAAUGAAUAAGAUGAUGAAAAGAUAUCUCUACUGUCUAUCGAUAAUUAACUGUACGAUAGUUAUUAAGAAAAGAAGUUACGUCAUUUUUAAGUGAAUACUGCAUUUACAAGAGAAGCUAGGAUUAAAGAUAACAACGGUUGAUCACCUCCGCUCAUCAUGUAACACUAAUACGAUUCGUGUAGCGUGCGCCCUUUUUGUCAUUCCUAUCACGUGAAACACACCGUAACACACACACACACA